AAUAAAACAAUAAAUAAAAUGGAUAAAAUUAAAGAUUUUCCACAGAUUAUAGACGAUAUUAAAGAGACUAAAAUAAAAAGGUUUUUGGAUAAUGAUAUAGAUAAUUUUAAAAGAACCCAACAUCACUACCAAGACAUUACAGAAAAAAUGAUAGCCCAACAGGACGAAUUUAGGACCGAGUUAGAAACAUGGAGAAACGAAUCAAUUUUAUUUGAAAAAUCAAUCCCAACACCAGUAGAUGAAGAAGAGCAUAUUAAACAAAUCAGUGAUUUGGAUUUUAAAAAGAACCAUCUUAUUUUGGAGAAUGGUAAAAUUGAAGAAGCAAUCAACUAUUAUGAAGAAAGUUUAUUAUCGAUUAUGGAUGCCAAAUCACAACUUUUAAAAAAAGAAGAAAAUUUAAAAACCCAAAAUAAUUAUAUUAUACCAGAUAAAGAGUAUUCAUAUUCAUUAUAUACAAAUAUCACUGGUAUUAAAUGGUCAAUUAAUGAUACAAACAAUAACAAUAGUAAUAAUCAAAUAUUACAACAUUCACAGUCUCAACAAUUAAAACAAAAUAAACAAAACAAUCAAUUUAUAAAAGGUGUAAUAUUUAAUACCAAUGAUAAUAACAACAACAGCAAUGGUAACAAUAGUAGUAAUAGUGGCAAUUAUAUUAAACCAUUUUCACUAGAUAAAAAUCAAUUUUCAAAUGAUUUUGAAAUUAUAAAUAAAAUUUGGGACCUAAUCGAUGAUGAAGGUGAUAUGUAA